AUGUCAGCUAGCUCCGAGGUGAUGCCCACGGAUGGUGGUCAUUCGCAGCAAACCGCCCCGUCGCAGCAAUUGAAUCGUUCCUGCGAAUCAUGCAGAGGCCUCAAAGUCCGUUGUAUUCCUGAUCCAACCACAGCGAACCAAUGCCAGCGGUGCACAAAGACCGGAAGGGUCUGUAUCUUUGUCGCACCCCAAAGGCGGCGGCCACGAAAGCGAACUGAUUCCAGAGUUGCUCAAUUGGAGAGGGAAAUGCGGCAGAUGCGUUCGCUAUUGAAGGACCGUUUGCAUGCGGACGACAGCAGUGGAGAAAGCGUGGAUAGCGAGCACGGCGAAUCACCGGAACAUGAUUCGGGCAUCGAAUCCAAAGAUCACCUAUCUUCAAUCCCCGAGGCACCCAGCAGUGUCUCAACAUCAACCAGGUAUACGGACCAGUCGUAUGGUGGUGUUCCACUGUCUUCAUAUUCCAACGUUGUCGAGAGCAGCUCGGUCUCCAUCCCCUCCUUCACCCCUGGGUUCAGCGGAUACUCCCCUGAAAUGCCAAUAGGAGAUGACGUUAUCGACCGGGGUGUGAUUCCCUUGGAAUACGCCAAUGAGCUGGUGGCAUUCUUCAUCAGAGAUUUAAUGGCCUUCGCUCCCGUUGUCGUGCUGCCUCCUGAGACUACCGCAUCGCACCUGCGUCAUUCUAAGCCCGUACUCUUUCUUUCCAUCAUUGCCGCUGCCGCUAUUGCCGUAGAUGCAACCGUCGCGGCCGUUCUUAAUCGAGAACUCGUUCGGCUCUAUGCUGAACGAUUCUUCAUUCAGGGCGAGAAAUCCUUAGAGCUAGUCCAGGCAUUGGUGCUCAUGACGGUCUUCUACUAUCCGCCCGACUCGCCAAUGAAAUUGCAGCACUUUCAGUACACGCACAUUGCAGCUACCAUGGCUUUGGAAAUUGGUUUGGCCUCUAAGCGUAGAGUAUCUCCAAAAGCAAGCGGGAAGAAAGACAAGCGGAAUGCGUAUGACGAACAGAUGGCGGAACAAGCCAGAGCGAUCUUGGAUGUCGCAAUGAAGACUCGUCGACCGAAUCUGCUCUUGUUCAACGAUUGGAUGAGUGAAUGUGUGAAACACCUAGAAAAAUCGCCAAAUGCCAUAGAUCGACAUAUGGCCACCUGGUUCGAACUCCAGAGAAUCGUUGAUGAGGCUAUGGCUUCCUUCGGCCUCGAUGACACAAGUUCCACCGCGCCGUUGACAGAAUCUCGCGUUCAGGCUGUAUUGAGGUGGUUUGACAAUCGAAUGCUGAAUUGGAAGAAGAAUACACCAGCGGACAUGCUCACAGUGCCAAUGACCUUCGAGUACCAUUACACCAACCUUGCCGUAUAUGAACUGGCAAUCGGAGAAGGCUACCGAGAUCCUGAUGCGAUCAAGCAGGAAUAUUAUACGCUUCCGAAGCCGGAAGGUGACCGCCGAAAUCAACGCGCUAGUAACCCUCUCAGCGCCAUCCGCGUAGAUAUAACGAUCAAGUGGAUGCAUACAGCUCACGAGAUGCUCAAUUUCUUCCUCAGUUGCGACAAUGAACUCACGCGAAAGCUUCCGAACUUGACAUACACACGUGUGGGAGUGGCGUUGAUGUCUCUUUUGAAGAUAUACUUCACUGUAAUAUCAGGCGGUUUGGGAGAAUUUGUGACGCCGGAGUCCGUCAAGGUUGAGAUGUACCUGGACGCAAUCGCAAGGAGACUCACCGAGGCGAGCGGUGGCCAGACGUACAAGAUCCCCAGCCGAUGGUAUUAUGUUCUGGCCGUCAAAGCUCGAAACUGGUAUGAUCGGUUGCAGCAGCGGCAAGCCCAGCGGGAAAGUGGCUUUGCGUCUCAAAUGGAGGCGGGCCAAUCGAUUCAGAUGCAAGUGCCAGCCCAUACUCUUCAGCACCCCUGUCCCAUGAACCCAAACUGUUCUACAGAGUCACUCGUCGUGGAUGCAGGCGUCCCGCAACGUCCUCCAUAUUCCAACAUGGGUGGUGCCUAUGGAGCUCCAGUGGCCAUGAACCAAAUGUGGCAUGUCGACCAAAAUUAUGCGCCCACAUCUGUCAGCUACCAGUAUCCGCAAUAUCAGCCGCCCAUUCCGCAAUCUCAGUAUGGGUACGUGGCACAGCAGCCAAGCUUACCUUCGGAGAGUAACCAAAAUCAACCGCCAUUACAUCGUAGCACGGGGAUGGAAUUGGACGGCUGGCUUCCAGAUGGGAGUAUAUUUGGGGCACCCACUUUACCUGGCUUUUGA